AUACUUCUGUGACUGGCAGGAAAGUGGAUUGGUGUUAAUUCCAUUGUUGUGGCUGCUGGUGAGUUGCUCUGCAUCGCAUUAACUGCUUGUUACUUGUCCUUUUUGUAGCUCACGUGUUUAACUGCUGUGAAUAGCCUCUGUAUACUGCACCUAACGGCGGACUUGGGACGCCAGUGGUUGCGAGAAUGAGCGGGCAGCGCGUGGAUGUGAAGGUGGUGAUGCUGGGGAAGGAGUUUGUAGGGAAGACCAGCCUGGUGGAGAGAUACGUUCACAAUCGGUUUCUCAAUGGACCCUAUCAGAACACCAUUGGCGCUGCAUUUGUAGCCAAACUCAUUCAUGUUGGCGAGAAAGCGAUCACACUUGGCAUCUGGGACACCGCAGGGUCAGAACGCUACGAGUCCAUGAGUAGAAUCUACUACCGAGGUGCCCGGGCUGCUGUCGUGUGCUUUGAUCUGACUGACAGCAGCAGUUUUGCAAGAGCUAAAUUCUGGGUGAAUGAAGUCCAGAGCUGCGAAGAGCACUGUAAAAUCUAUUUGUGUGGAACAAAGAGUGACCUUGUACAGAGUGAUCGCAGUUUGCGUCAGGUCGAUUACCACGAUGUUCAGGAUUACACAGACGAGAUCAAAGCCAAGUUGUUUGAAACCUCCAGUAAGACUGGCCAAAAUGUUGAUGAACUCUUCCAGGUGGUGGCAGAGGAUUAUGUGAAUGUAACGGCAUUCCAGGUGAUGACAGAAGAUAAAGGUGUGAAUCUGACUGAGAAAAAGAAAUCCUAUUUGUUCAGCUGUUGUCACCAAUAACCAAGCUGCCGGGAUGGAAUUAUAUUGGAUGGAAUUUUAAGAAUAUUUUUACACAACUGGACUGAAACGCCUUCCUCACAAGGUGGCAGGAAUGUCGUGUCAUCGAUCUGUGUGAGUUGGAACAGCUAAUGUGGAUGUUGAGGUCUCCGAGUGACCUGUCCUUGGAUUGAAGUGACUUUUUUUUCGCUGCUGGGUUACCACUAUCAGCACAUCUCCGGACAGGCUGUGAAAUCUAGCCAGACCCCGAUGCACUGUUAUAUUUCUGCUAUUUGUUUUAUUUUUUAGACUAUUGUCGAGGUUUUCUGCAUGAUCAACAUCAUCUUUUGCCUUUAAUUUGGAUUUUGUGAAAAUUAUUCAUUUUUUUGCCUUCAUUUCACAUUUAGAAGCGGCAGCGAGGCCAGGAAUAUUCUCUGAGCCAAGCAGAGAUGUCUUACCCAGAAUAUACCAGCUACGCCUUUGUCACAGUUUUAAAACAAAUGGUUUUGUUAACCUUCCCAGUAGGUGGUAUCACUGCUUAGCCUGAAUGUUGCCUGCGCACUUAGUUUGAUGCCUGAUACUCGGCAGCUGGUUUAGAAGAACACACUGCUCUGUUGUGCUGGUUUGGUACCUGAAUCUGUUCUGAGUGCUUUCAAACAGAAUGUCAGCUUGCAUUCUGAGCCCUUGUUAACGGAAGCCAGGAAGGGAUUCUUUCCAAUCCAUUUCUCAGGAAUUGUGCCCGCUGAAUAGAAUAGCACUGAUUGUCACUAACCAAAGGAUGUCAGGAUCGUAGGUGUGCCCAGGAUGGCAGCUGCAUUGUACAUGGAGCAAUGUUGCUAUAGUGUCCAUUUAGUGGGGACAAUGCUGGUUUUGUAAUAGUUUUGAACCACAAAUGAACCUGAUUCCAUUAGCACCUUAAAGAAACUCAAAUUUGUUCACAUUUGGAGCAUUGUAUUGCCACAGAUAGAGUUUGUGCUUUUCUUGUACUGCAGCUGUCGAAAAGAAAAAUCAUCAUGAAUAUUUGUGUAAGAUUCUGAACUGCACCGCUGUAUAACAAGUUGAAAUCCAGCUCCUGGGAUCAGCUCUUGGAGAUACUAGGCGUUUUGCACAGCAUUUUGAACGAUGUUGAUGGGUUAUUUUAUUUAAGUUAACUUAAUCUGUUUUUAAAAAAGGUGUCCUUGAUGAACUCCCAGUGAUGAUAGACCAGACCCAAGGCUGUUUUCCAAGGACAAGGUUCACUCGUGAUUGAUACCUUCUGCAUUCAUUGUAAUGUUUGCAGGAACAAAUGUAAUCCAAAUCAAUAAAACUUGAAGUGUUUAGAGCAGUGUUGGCCAAACAUUCGCGCUAGUCUAGAUGAGUAUGUUUUAUAUCAUAAUUACCUAGACUUAGGCAUCAAUCAGGAAAUGUUCAAUCAAGAACAUUUAUUUUGUUGACUGACAAACUGUUUCCAUCCCUGGUAUAGAGCUACAUGGUGAAUGCAGUGGUUAGCUGAUGGCUUGCCACUAUCUGAAUGCCAAUGCUCAUUUAAAAUUGACAUUUCUGCCAAGUUACUAUGGUGACUUGAGUGUACUGAGUGGAUGUAUUACAGGUGACAGAAAGAAGGUGAAUGGAGUUGAGAGUGCAAGAAAGAAAAUGAAUGAAAAAUGCAACACAGUUUUAAUACACUGAAAUUGCCACACUAUUUUUACAGUAGUUGCUUUUGGAGGCUCCAGCACAUGUACACUCUACUCUGUUGGUGUUGCCAUUUCUAGUUCCACCCCUUUGUCCAACAUAGGCUUCUUUCCUGUGUAAGAGAAAAUAGAUUUCAGACCGGAUUGAGAAUUGAAUUCCAUUCCUCUUGAUCUCCUGAGAAUGAUUUAAAAAUGUUUAAAGGAAAUUUGCUUCCAUAUUGUUGCUACACUGUUAUUCAGCAAUUCAUUAUCACUGACUGGAAAAAGAGAUAGCAAUGUGCAGUUACACAUUGGAAAAUGCUUUUGACCUUGGGGCAGUUGAUUGCUGCAUAGAAUAAGUUCCCUUGGACUACACCUACCUCCGUGCAUCAUCUGAAGUUGGUGAUGAGUUGAUGUUACUGCUGCAAAUGUUUCAGUUGUCUUCUGAUAUAAAAUCUCCCUCUCACUUUCCAGUGUUUGAUGCUGUGACUAGAUCUUCCAGUCUAUAGCAGCCUUAUGUGUGUCUACUUAAUCACUCUCAACUUUGUCAUAGUCAGUUUCCACUGGUAUCCGAUUCAUGGUUGAUGAAGCUGAUCUUAAGUAAAAACCUAUUUAGCUGAUCUUAAGUUAGAACCUGAAGUUAUCAGCUCCUUUGGUUAUCAAAUUCUAACCAGAUAUUAUAAGAAACAACUAUUUCAAAGUUUAGAGUUCUUUCAACAAGCAAAACAAUCUGUCAAAUGCACUGGAAAUAUAUCAAGAUGACUAUAAAUGAGCGAGGUACUUGCUGGAUGAAUGUAUUUGUGCAAUUAUUCUGCAAUUAUUGCAGUGAAUGCAUCUGUUAUGAAUUACGGAAAACAUGAGCUGGGAUCAGUCACCAUCAUGUAAAAUAAAAGUACAAAAUCCAUGUUCCUUCCUUCCAAAAGGAACAUGGAUUUUGUACUUUUAUUUUACAUGAUGGUAAUUCAUGUUUGCAGUUGACGUCUGCACUUUGUAGGAGUAACACCGGACUGGUUUCCACUACAGAAACUGUACCUCUGAAUAAAGGUGCUUUUUAAAAAAAAUUGCAUGUGCAAAAGACUGCAGUGCAUCAUGGAAACACAAGGUAUUGCACUGGAGCUGAUAUAGCUUGUAAUGCAUUGGUUCUAUGAAUCAACCAAUUGAGCUGGUUAAUUAUAAUCUAGUUACCAGAUGUAAAAACACUACCAUCUGUAUUUAUACUGAUCAUUUGGACUUUUGUUGGGAGAAUUCUGUUUUGGUUUUAAUGGAAAAUAUAAUUGAAUGUAAUGAA